CCUCCUCCUCCGUCCUCCCUCCUCUUCCUCCUCCUCCUCCAAUCUUUGCUCCCAAACUGGUUCCCAUCUUCAAGAACAAGUGUCCGUUGCGACACAUCAACGUGGCCGUGCUGAGACUCCAGAAGCAGAGGGAGCAGCUGAUUGGAGGAGGGGAGGAGAGGGGGAGGGUGACCCUACCUGCCUUCAGGAUGAAGACCUCCACCACCACCACCGCUUCUUCUUCUUCGUCUGUUUCUUCUCUGUCGGUCGCGUCCCUCACGCUUCCUCCUCCGUUCAACCGUCGUCCUAAAGCUGCUCCUCAGCCAGCGGGUCACAUCGGACUCAAACGCAUCACCAGCCUCAGUCCUGCAUCCGAGUCCAGACCUGGAUUCCUCCUGGCUCCACAGCCGGAGACCACCAAAUCCAAGACCAGCUCCAAGACCAGCGUGAAGUCCAGCUCUGACACAAAUACCUCCAACAAACGUCCUCCACCUUCUGACAUCUCCAACAAACAUUCUCCACCUUCUGACAUCUCCUUCAAACAUCCUCCACCUUCUGACAUCUCCAACAAACAUUCUCCACCUUCUGACAUCUCCAACAAACGUCCUCCACCUUCUGACAUCUCCUUCAAACAUCCUCCACCUUCUGACAUCUCCUUCAAACAUCCUCCACCUUCUGACAUCUCCUUCAAACGUCCUCCAGCUGCUCCACCUUCUGACAUCUCCAACAAACGUCCUCCAGCUGCUCCACCUUCUGAUGCCUCCUUCAAAGACUCCUCCAGCAGCAGCAGACGGAGAGUUGUGUUUGAGGAGUUAAAGCCGAAGAAACCCAGAUCAUCGAUACGAGACGUGGACGUGGAGCAAAUGGCCAGAAGCAACCAGUUGUCGAAGGUGAACUCUUCCACUCUGCUGUCCUGGCUGGAGGAACGAGGAGUUCUCAUCAGGACCAAACACAGGAAGGAGGACCUGAUGCUGAAGGUCAUGGGCUGUCUGGCCGAGGCCUGAGACACACACACACACACACUGAGUGUAAUCUAUAGACUUCCUCUGGAGUAUUCAGGCUCUUCUAAGCUCCUCAUUUAAAGGAUUUAAUCUAAAAUGUGUCUUUAUCGGUCUGAAUCUUCUCAUCUAAUUGAGAUGCUGAAGAUUUUCCAAAAUGUCGUAUGAAGUCACGGGAGGAGUUCAGACAGGAAGUGACACACUUUGGGUUUUCUUUCCUCUCUGUUUGUUUGAUGUGAGUCAUCAGAGGUUUGUUCAGGAAGGUGACGAGUUUGAAACCAGCCGACAGGAGUUCUAGGUUCUGAUAUAAUAAUAUAAUGUUUUACUGCAGGUUUAGUUCUUUCAUUCAGCAGCUCUUCAUGUUCUGUCAACAAACCUUUGACUUUAGAACGAGUUCUCCACUUCUUAGAAAUACAGACACUCAAAUAAACCUUUAUAUUUCAUAGAGAGGACUUUCUGUAUUCUACAACAAAUAAUGACCUAUUGAUACAGUGUUCAUACAGCUGUUGCUUGUUUGUUGUUAAGAAAUGUACAAUUAUAUUUAUAUCUUGAAGUUUUGUGGAUAAAUUGUGAAAUUGAAGUGAGGAGGUUCUUUCCUUCUGCUUGUUCUCAUUCAUUGUACCUGUGUGUUCUCCAGGUUGUGUGUGUGUGUGUGUGAGAGCAGCUGUCAGCUGUGUGUUAAUGAUGCGUCACAGUAGUAACUUUACAGUCUGAAAGAAGUCUGACUGCUUCUUACAGACCAGAUCCACUCCUUUCAUUCGUACCUUUCACAAUAAAAGCCU